UGAUUACUCUUAAGUCCCCCUUGCGUUUACCGACGGUACUAAAUUAACGUCUCCUGAGGCCUGUCAACAAUCAUGAAGACACGCGUGAAAAACGUUUCUGACAGAAAGCGUUCGAGCAAUGCUACCGAAAAAGAUCAGAAAAAUGGGAAGAAACCAUUCAACAAAAAGAAUUACAGGGCACAAAAAUACAGUAACAAAUACAAAAUCGAUCAGUGGCAGGAACGUAGGAAGAAGGCAAUCUUACGAGAUUAUUAUAAAGAGGUUGACAAAAGCCGACGUCAGAAUCUGAAGAAACCAGUUUCAUUGGAAGACAGUAACGAAAAUGAAAAUGAUAAUACGACGCAACCAAAAAAGGUCAGCCCAUUUCAUAAAGCUAAAAAGGAAUUCUUGCGCAAGAAGGUUGAUAAAAGAAAAAAACAGGAGCAAAUGGAACAGAUAAAAUCGGAACAAAAGGAGGCACUUAAAAAGUAUAAGGAAAAGAAGAUGCAAACAUUUAGGAAACUUUCAAUGAGGACAAAGAAGGGACAACCUGUGAUGAAGGGCAGAUUAGAAUUGUUACUGGAAAAGAUACAGCAACAAGUAUCUAACUGAUACUUAGAAAGAAUGCGACACAAUUUAUGCCCAGACAAAUUUUAUGUUAAUAAAUCUUGUUCAAUGUACAUAGACUGA